CCUCAGCUGCCAAGUCAUUUUUCUGCAACCCUCAGCAAAAUAAGUUCUCGAGUCUUAAAACUACAGCAGCUGCCAUUCUCAAAAACUACUUCUCGAGCUUGGAAUCAAUUCUUCAUGAGUUUAUGCAGUUUUGUUCCAUUACCUGCAAGAGGAAGGUCUAAUGGAAACCACCUCUCUACCUACACAAGGUAGGGGUAAGGUUUGUGUACACCCUCCCCGAACCCCACUUGUGGGAAUACGCUGGAUCCGAUUUUUGAAAAUAUGACGUUGCUGAAGAGGUAUGUGUUGAGAUUGUUCAUAUCAUUGAAGUACAUCACUGCAAAUGUGGUAGACAGAAACAACGGACGAAUAGUAGCAACAGCAUCAACAGUAGAACAUUCAAUGAAACAGUCACUGGAGUGCGGUAGAACUUGCAAUGCAAAGGCUGCAGCAGUUGUAGGAGAAGUGUUGGCAAUGCGUCUCAAAGUGGAGGGUCUUGAUCAGGGACAAGGAAACGGGAUCCAUGUCAAUGUAAAUAAGGAGGUUGAGAAGAAAGGUUUCAAGAAUCAGACAAAAGUUUGGGCUAUAGUUAACGGUCUUAAGAACAAUGGAGUAAAACUUAUUUUGGAUGACAAUGAAAAUGAUAGUUCUCACCCCAGCUACCACUAAACGAUCCCCUCUUGCACAUUCUUAAGGCUAUUAUCUCAAUAGCAAGAGUUGAAGAAGAUGGGAGUGAUGUGCCUGGUUAUAGAGAUGACGAGAAGGGACAGAAUAAGACUAACAGGUGCUCGAAAUGGUUAGCUGGAAACAGGUUUAAGGCAAAAUUUUCAUGUUCUUCCGGGCUUAAGUUGGGGAAAAAUGGACACAAAAACCGGAUAUGUCAUCUCUCUCUUUAUCUCGCUACUGUUUUUACCAGUUUGUUCAGCGUCUAUCUAAAGUUCUGUCUUUAAGUUAGCUUAACUCAAAGAAAUUGUUGUAUCCAGUGUUAGAAUUUGUGUUGUAAAUUUGUACAUUAAAUCAUUAUUGGGACAAUAGGUGGCCUUAUUUUGCA